AUGACUACUCGCUAUCGCGUAGAAUGUGAGACCUCUUCCAUGCGAACUGCCACCCCCCUGAAGCCGAGGCGGGCGAGGACGGCCGUCCACCGCUACGAGCUAUCCAGAGCUUGGCAAAGCAUGAACGAUCUCGCUCAGACACGCGAGGAAGCCCACCGGAGAUACAGCGAGAUUCUCCGUGAUGUCGAGGUCAUGAUAGACGAUCACAUUGCUCAUCAACACGAUGCCGAGAAUCCCUUCCCAUCCAAACUCAAACUCCUAGUCCCCAGCAUAGGGCCCUUCUUCACUCGGCUACCCCUAGAAGCCGGCUUCAAGUUCCAGGACCACAAGCGCUACAUCUCCUCCCGCCGCUUCGUCUCGCCCUCCUUCAACGAUGUCCGCCUCAUCCUCAACUCGGCUCAGAUGAUGGGCCGUGACCAGCUACGGCACCCUCCAGCUCGCACCUUUGACGGCGACGUAACUCUCUACGACGACGGGCAGAGCCUCGAGCCCUCCAGCCCCAUCGUCCCCCGGCUUAUUGACCUCCUCCGCAAAAACGUCAAAAUCGGCAUCGUCACCGCCGCCGGCUACACCACCGCCGACAAGUACUACGCGCGCCUGCACGGCCUCCUCGACGCCCUCGCCAACACGGCCGAACUCACCCCAACCCAAAAACAAUCCCUCAUCAUCAUGGGCGGCGAAGCCAACUACCUCUUCGAGUUCUCCCCGUCCUCCCCGCACCUGCUCGCCCCGGUCCCCCGCUGCCGCUGGCUCACCCCGGAGAUGGCGGCCUGGGACGAGCGGGACAUUGCCGAGGUGCUCGACGUGGCCGAGGCCGCGCUCGGCGACUGCAUCAAGACGCUCAACCUGCCCGCCGUGCUGAUGCGCAAGGACCGCGCCGUGGGCAUCGUGGCGGACCCGCCGUCGGCGCGCAUCCCGCGCGAGUCGCUCGAGGAGACGGUGCUGGUGGUGCAGAAGGUGCUGGAGCUGAGCAGCGCGGGGCGGCGCGGGCGGGUGCCCUUCUGCGCCUUCAACGGGGGGCGGGACGUGUUUGUGGAUAUUGGCGAUAAGAGCUGGGGCGUGACGGUGUGUCAGCGGUGGUUUGCCGGCGGGGGCAAUGGCAAUAGUGGCGGGGAUGGAGGCGCCGCCGCGAUCAAGGGGGAUAACACCCUACAUGUGGGUGACCAGUUCCUGAGCGCCGGCGCCAAUGACUUCCGGGCGCGUAGCGUGGGCACCACCGCGUGGAUUGCGAGCCCGGCCGAGACGGUGGAUCUGCUGGAUGAGUUGGCUGAGUUGAUGGGGAAGAAGAUGUCUUGA